AAACUUUUCCUUCGCUCACAUUCUUCCACGUAUCCGCCCAACUACCAGACCCCCCUGCCUACCCCCUGCUUGAACUGCUCAUUUUAUAGUUCACACUGUCAGCAAAUCACCAAAAACCACGCAGAGCACACAGUGAAAUUUGGCUUUUCUUUCGCCGUGGGCCAAAAUUUUCACUCUUUUGCUCCACAAUUUGCGUUUCUGCUAGGAUCUGUCCACGUACGGGCACGAAGGAAGUAGGAAUUUGAUUUUUUGUUGACAAGGUUCCGCCAUGGACGCAGCUGCGCAGCUCGUCUACUGCGGAAUCGAUCCUCUGUAUCGCUCCUCGCGGUUUUCUUCUGCCGUUUUGAAUAGCAAGGCAAGGAAUUCCAGGUUUUUUCCAAGAAUUAAGAAAAACGCCGUUGUGAAGGCCAUUGCUACCGAGCCUAGACCGUCCGACACUAAGCCUCCAACAGUCGUUAAUGGGUCUCCCAAAACGGCGUCGUACAAGCCCGUCAACGGUGCAUCUCCUAGAAUUCAAGAUGUCUCGCAGGAGAUCAAACGGGUAAGGGCGCAGAUGGAAGAAAAUGAAGAGUUGGCUAUCCUUAUGAGGGGGCUUCGGGGUCAGAAUUUGAAGGACACAUUGUUUGCUGAUGACAAUAUCAAGCUCCGUCUAGUUGAGGUUGAUGAGAGCAGUGAGUUUUUGCCAUUAGUGUAUGAUCCAGAUAGCAUUGCAGCUUAUUGGGGAAAGCGGCCACGUGCAGUUGCUACUCGUAUCGUUCAGUUAAUGUCUGUUGCUGGAGGCUUUCUCUCUCGUCUUGCCUGGGAUCUGAUAAAUAAUAAGAUAAAAGAGAAUGAGGUCGCUCGUGCCAUUGAAUUGAGGGAGAUAGUUACCUCUUUGGGUCCAGCAUACAUAAAACUUGGGCAAGCGUUGAGCAUCCGACCUGAUAUACUGUCACCUUCUGCAAUGGUUGAACUACAGAAGCUUUGUGAUAAGGUUCCAUCAUUUCCCGAUGAUGUUGCUAUGGCUCUUAUUGAAGAGGAGCUUGGACAGCCAUGGAAUAAUAUCUACUCUGAACUUUCUGCUUCCCCUAUUGCCGCUGCAUCCCUCGGUCAGGUCUAUAAAGGCCGGCUAAAAGAAAAUGGGGAUUUGGUAGCUGUUAAGGUACAGAGGCCUUUUGUUCUUGAGACUGUGACCGUUGAUUUGUUUAUUAUAAGGAACUUGGGUCUUGUUCUUCGUAAAUUUCCUCAGAUCUCCAUCGAUGUUGUUGGAUUGGUUGACGAAUGGGCUGCCCGUUUCUUUGAGGAGCUUGAUUAUGUUAAUGAGGGGGAAAAUGGAACAUUAUUUGCUGAAAUGAUGAAAAAAGACCUUCCCCAGGUAGUUGUGCCGAAGACAUACCACAAAUACACUGCAAGGAAGGUUCUUACAACACAAUGGAUAGAAGGAGAGAAGCUGUCACAAAGUACUGAAAGCGAUGUUGGAGAACUGGUAAAUGUUGGAGUUAUAUGCUACCUUAAGCAGCUGCUUGACACAGGUUUCUUCCAUGCUGAUCCACAUCCAGGAAAUUUAAUUCGGACUCCAGAUGGGAAGCUUGCUAUACUGGAUUUUGGCUUGGUGACAAAAUUGACGGAUGAUCAGAAAUAUGGCAUGAUUGAAGCUAUUGCUCACCUUAUUCAUCGAGAUUAUGCUGCUAUCGUAAAAGAUUUUGUGAAACUUGGUUUUAUCCCAGAAGGAGUUAACUUAGAACCCAUUUUGCCUGUGCUGGCAAAGGUUUUUGAUCAGGCACUUGAAGGUGGUGGAGCAAAAAAUAUCAACUUUCAGGAGUUGGCUUCAGAUUUAGCACAAAUAACAUUUGAUUAUCCAUUCAGAAUACCACCUUAUUUUGCACUUAUAAUUAGAGCAAUUGGGGUGCUGGAGGGCAUAGCUUUGGUGGGAAAUCCUGAUUUUGCCAUUGUGGAUGAAGCCUAUCCGUAUAUCGCACAGAGGCUACUGACUGACGAAUCCCCACGCCUUAGAUCUGCUUUACGCUACACAAUAUAUGGGAAAUCUGGCGUUUUUGAUGCUGAAAGAUUUAUUGAUGUCAUGCAAGCUUUUGAGAAUUUCAUAGAUGCAGCAAAGAGCGGAGGUGGAGAAAAUCUAAAUGGAAGAAUGGCGGAGCUCGGCGUUCUGCAAAAUCAAACAAAUAUGCUUCCUGGUUUUGUGGGCAGUGCUUCUCAAACACAGCCAAUUCAAACAAGAGCAGCCUUGGGAUUUUUACUAUCUGAUGAGGGGAACUUUUUUCGAGAAUUUCUAUUAGACGAGAUUGUGAAGGGCAUAGAUGCUGUAACAAGGGAACAGCUAGUUCAGAUAAUGGCAUUUCUUGGAAUUAGGAAUGUAUCCCCCGUUUUUAGCUUGGUUCCUACUUUCGGACCUAUCAGGACAGCUGCACUUCUUCCCACAAUAACCGAGGAAGACAAAGUCAUACUGAACAAUGUUCAGAAAAUUGUUGGAUUCUUAGCUGCUGGAACUGCAGCUUCGUCAAAUCAGGGUGUAAAUGUUCCUCAAGUGAUCCAAGAGCUACUUCCAGUGCUGCCCGGAAUCUCUGCCAAAGUUCUUCCUGAGGUGCUUAGUCGGUUAUCAUCACGAGUAUUGGCACGGGUAAUCCGUGAUGCACUGCUGUAACCAGAAAAUGGUGGCAUUUUGCUUAAAGUUUGGUUAUUUACACGUACAUUUAUUACAGAGUUAUAUGUUAUAUAUAGUGCUGAACUUUCAAGCAACUAUGGACCGGCUGAUGGAUUACUCAGAUUCCCAUGGAAUCUUGAUCUUGUAUAUGAUGACAGUCAACUUAAUGACUUGGUAACUGUAAAUUUACUGACCAGAAUACAAUAUAAAAGCUGACAUGAUUUCCCCUA